CUCCCCCAACUUCACCAACUUCUCACACUCACCAAUCGAGCAGCCAUGCUUUCAUCUCUCGCCACGACUCUCACGGCGGAUUGGUUUGACCCUGACCGAAGAUGUCGGCGUUAAAAUGAUACCGUACCAGUCCGGCAUGUCAUGAGUCCAGUACGGAACUCUCUCAUCGCCUACGGGGGCGUUCGCGGAUGAGACUUGUAGCCAUGUCUUGCUCUCUUUUCGACUUUGUCAACCUGCCAUCAUCCUGACCUUCCAUGUUCCCGCCAAGUCUUUGGUGAGGCUGUGCGUAUUGUUACUGAGCAGGUAAGGCAAACCAGCCCAGUGAUUGUCUUUCCACGUCUUUCACGCCCCUAGAGCACCACUCACAGACAGCCGUCACCCUCUCCCCUGUCACCUCCCAUCUGAGCAUCGCCAUAGCCAUAGCCCUACGCACAACCGAUCGGACGGACAUGCUUAGGCUCGGCAUGGCUCAUCAUACCGGCACCAUCACCAAACCUAUGUAAAAGGUCGCCAGUCUUCAGACAAUACUUCUCAUUGAACACAUCGUUCUUUGAGACCUCCUCCACAGCUCGCUUUGACUUAUCAAGUAAAGUCAGGCUGCCCGUUGACCGGAUCCCUUCUUGCAUCGGCAGGUCCGUCUUGUACCACCUUAUUCGACAAGCAGCGAACCAGGAAGAGUGGCUCGACACAUCGACCUUCCUCUUUGACACAGACCACAUCCAAUCUUCAGUACGCCCACUCGAACGCCUACUGCUUUCGACCAACUGUACAGGACAUCGUACCUUACCAGAUUCGGACACAACCGUGGCGUCGAGCUGCCUCUGGCUACUGCAACCAUUUCCACCCUACACAAGCUGAACACCAAGGCCCAGGCCUAUUCGUCACUUGAUUGAUCAAACCCACUGAACUCGGUGCGGCCCUUCGAUAGUCGUGAACAUGGUAUUCUGCGGGAAGCCGAGCAAAGGGUGCUCUGUGUGCCGAAAACGUAAGAUUCGGUGCGAUCAGAGAGUACCGGGCUGUGGCCAGUGUCAGAAGCGAAAAGAGGAGUGCCCUGGGUACAGAAACCUUGUCGAUCUAAUGUUCCGAGAUGAGAGUGACCAUGUUCGGAACAAAGCCGAGGAAAAGGCUCGAAGACGGCGUCGUCUCUCUGUCAAGACGCCCAGUUCUCCCAGUGACCCGAGAUGUUCAAUAACACCAGAACGCCGACAAACAACACCCUCGUUACUCGUUCCAAGUCCCAAGAGGCCCACGAGCUCGACACCUGAAGCUACUUGGUCGGACGAUGACGACAGUAUACCGAUGUCGCCCGAUUCGGGAAGCUGGCCAGUUACCCCGCCAGUUGCCCUCUUGUAUGACCUUCCCCCAAGUUGUCAACAGCAAGGCAUUGCCUAUUUCUUCUCACGAUAUGUGUCUGUCGAAGAGACGACAUGUCACCACAACUUCAGUUUCGUCUUUGACAUAUGGAAGCCCACAUCGGUGGCCCACGACCGGCAUGUUGACGGCGUCCUUGCCAGUAUGACUGCCGUGGGAUUGGUUGGUCUCGCAGGCGUCACCCGCUCGCCAGAUAUGAUGGAAGCCGCUUGGAAAUCUUACGGGACCGCUCUUCGAUUAACAAAUCACGCUCUGGAAACACCUCUCGAAGCUGUCAAAGACACUACGAUGCUCUCGGUGCUUAUUCUUGGCCUUUUUGAGCUGAUAGCCGAGCAUCCAUCCCACAUGCGGACUGUUGAAGCUUUCCAAGAACACGUUAACGGCGCAGUAGCUCUUGCAAAACUUCGAGGGCCUGCGCAGUUUGAAACGAAAGGAGGAGUCAAAAUGUUCUCGAUGCUUUGCCAACGGGUUGUGUUGAGCUGUUUGCAGUCGAGAGAGCCCAUGCCAAUGCCGCAACCACUGAUUGACUUGUGGCAUGCAAUGCCUCAACCAAUCCAACUGAAGGGCUUCGGAUGCCUUACGCUCUCGGCGCUACCACUCAUGCACAACUUCUUGCAAGUGCGUGUCGACAUCCUGAAUGGGGUCCUGGUAGACUCAGAUAACAUCCUAGCGCAUCUUUUCAGCAUUGACGAGCGAUUCGAACAACUGUCGGCCCAAUUCUCUCCAGAUCUACCGUACAAAACCUUCCGACUGACGAGACACCAUCCAGCGGUGCUGAAUGGAGUCUGCAUUGUCUACUCCACACUAUGGGAUACUACGCUGUGGAACAGUCUCCGUAUGCUCAGGAUGGUUUUGUUGGAGACGAUCAUCUGUGAGAUCCAACAGCUUUCACGGAGACUCUGCCUCAAGCCAACAUCCGGCCCUUAUGCAGACCAGUUCAAAGGCGCAAAGCGCAAAUUGAUGGAAAUCCUGGAGGCGAUAUGCGGCAGUGUGCCCCAAUUGCUUGGACUCGUGGAUCCCGCAGACGGCAGUGUCGACAAUUCAUGUUCAACGCCAAUAUCGAGUGUUGAAGUCCGCGAAACCCCCAGCCCACCAACAUCCCCAUCAGCCCGGUCAUCCGAUUCCGGCGGCAGCAGCCAGAGUCCCAUGGAUCCGGCUAGGGCUCGAUGCGCGAGCCUCACCAUCCUUCAUCCGGUAACACCCGCUUCAACAGACGCAGAAGAGGAGGCUAGCCGCUUCGUGCUUUUAGUAUCAGCGACGAGCCCGGUGGUUUGGCCCUUGUACAUGGUCGGGAUGUCAUCGGUAUGUAACGGGCAGGUGAAGAGCUACGUUGUGGGCAGGCUACGCACACUUUAUAUGGAGACGGGUGUCAAGCAAGCAGAUGCCGUGGCCAACCUGCUUGAAGAACAUGAGAUCGCCGAUGGGGAGGAGGAUAGAAAUGAGAAUAGGGCAGAAGAACAUGCGCAAUGGUUGCCAGGACUAGGACUAGGACGGGAUUGGAUGAGUGCGGGUGGAAUGGAGGAAACACCGCUUUAUUUGAGGGUGGUGCAGCAACCACAUGAGCUGUUCCAUGCUGGUGGGCCGAUGAUGAUGGAGGAUGGGAAAGGAAUGAUUGAUCCCCAGCUGAUCUAACAUUAGGAGAUUUGCAAACUUAAAUGCAAAGGUACAGCACGAAAUGAAGAAGCCAAGUAUAUAGCGAUCCAAUACUAGUCUGGUUGUUAGCUCGAG